GCAGGAAGGUCAGCCCUGCGCCUGCGACACAGGUGAAGCAGGCCCUGGUCGUCAGGGCAUGGACAGAGAGCAAGAGGACAGCCAUCUUGAGUGGCCUGACCACUCGGACACUCAUCCCAGCCUUUCGGUUUAAUUUGCUUUUCAAAAUGUAAACUCGUGUGACAGCCUGUUUAUCUAAUCCUUCACAUGCCCAGAGCUUUCACUGUUGAGGUUCCUCAGCGCUGAACUAACCAGAGGGUACUUCCUUGAACAUAAUGAGGCCAAGUAUACAGAAAGAAGAGAAAGAGUGUACACUUGUAUGCGAAUACCAAGAGAAUUGGAAAAGCUCAUGGUUUUUGGAAUCUUUCUGUGCCUGGAUGCGUUUCUCUAUGUGUUCACCCUGCUCCCUGUCAGAGUCUUCCUGGCCCUGUUCAGGCUCUUCACCCUGCCUUGCUAUGGCCUAAGGGACCGACGUGUGCUUCAGCCCGCCCAGGUGUGUGACAUCCUGAAGGGGGUCAUCUUGGUCAUCUGCUAUUUCAUGAUGCACUACGUGGACUAUUCCAUGAUGUAUCACCUGAUCCGGGGGCAGUCGGUCAUCAAGCUGUACAUCAUUUACAACAUGCUCGAGGUAGCAGAUCGCCUGUUCUCCUCAUUUGGACAAGAUAUACUAGAUGCUCUCUACUGGACAGCAACAGAGCCCAAAGAAAGGAAGAGGGCCCACAUCGGGGUGAUUCCCCACUUUCUCAUGGCCGUCCUCUAUGUCUUUUUACAUGCCAUCCUUAUAAUGGUUCAAGCAACAACUCUGAACGUGGCUUUUAACUCACAUAACAAGUCCCUGCUUACUAUCAUGAUGUCUAAUAAUUUUGUUGAAAUUAAAGGAAGUGUUUUCAAGAAGUUCGAAAAGAACAAUCUUUUUCAAAUGUCAAAUAGUGAUAUUAAGGAACGAUUCACAAAUUAUGUGCUUUUGCUAAUAGUAUGUCUGAGAAACAUGGAGCAGUUUUCUUGGAAUCCAGAUCAUCUCUGGGUGUUAUUUCCAGAUGUCUGCAUGGUGGUUGCGUCAGAAAUUGCUGUGGAUAUUGUAAAACAUGCUUUUAUCACAAAGUUCAAUGACAUCACGGCAGAUGUCUACAGUGAAUAUAGAGCCAGCCUUGCUUUUGACCUUGUUAGCAGUCGGCAGAAAAAUGCAUAUACUGAUUAUAGUGACUCCGUGGCCCGGAGGAUGGGGUUUAUUCCUCUCCCACUAGCUGUUUUACUCAUCAGAGUGGUAACAAGUUCAAUUAAGGUGCAAGGAAUCCUGUCUUAUGCCUGCGUCAUCCUCUUCUAUUUGGGGUUGGUCUCCCUGAAAGUCUUGAACAGCAUCGUCCUUCUGGGGAAAUCCUGCCAGUACGUGAAGGAGGCCAAGAUGGAAGAGAAGCUGUUCCACCCGCCCCCGGCCAGCGCUCCCGGCAAACCGCCCAGUAAAUCACAGAACAAGUGCAAAGCCUCCCAAGAAGAAACCCUGUCUGCCUCAGUCACCAGCCAGCCCGCUCAUCAGAAGGAAAAUGCGAUCCCGCUGCUCGUGACGAGCAGCUCUGAUCAGCUUCUGACCACCCCGGACGGCGACGAGAAGGACAUAACACAGGAGAACUCAGAACUGAAACACAGGUCCUCAAAGAAAGAUCUGUUAGAGAUAGACAGGUUCACAAUUUGUGGAAACCGAAUUGACUGAAUUCCGGAGCUCCGGGUGCCAAAGAUGCAGUCUCGGGGCCCCAGAGGCAGUGCCCCCCAGACGGACAGAUGCUGAAGACGGCACUUAAAUAUUUAUUUAAGAACUUAACUUAUUGACGGAAGGCAAAUCUUAGUGUCCUUCUCCAGUGGCGUGGUCUGGCUAAAGGUCAGGUCACACGGGGCAGCCAUCAGCGACCUCCAGUCUCGAGCCCUUGGACAGAUGGGUGGCUCAGGAAAGGUCCCUCCUGCUCGGGGAAGCCGCAGAGUCACCCUGGGCCCCGCGGGAGCGACCCCACCACCCCCUCCACUCCGUCAGCCUGUGCUUCCAGGGGACGGGACUCCACCUCGAGUCCUCGGCGUCGGGGUGCGCUGGAGACGGCGGAGCUCUCACGUGACGCUCCGUUUCCAGCCUCAUUCUGUUCCCACCGUUUUCAAACUUCAUCUGCCAAAGCAUUAAAAAAAA